GGAGCGGAGGCUGCCAUGGCCACGGCGCUGCCCCCCACGCCGGCCGGCGGGAGCCGCUCCGUCAGCCGCGCCGCCGAGUCCCCGCUGAGCCCGGCGCGGCUGAGCCGGCUGCAGGAGAAGGAGGAGCUGCGGCAGCUCAAUGACCGCCUGGCCGCCUACAUCGAGCGGGUGCGGGCGCUGGAGGCCGACAAGUCGGCGCUGCAGCAGCGGCUGAGCGAGCACCAGGCGGGCAGCGACCGGGAGCUGGGCUGCCUGCGGCUCCGCUAUGAGACGGAGCUGGCCGACGCCCGCCGGGCGCUGGACGACAUCGCCAUCGAGCGGGCCACGCUGCAGGUGGAGCUGGGCAAGAUUGGCGAGGAGCACCGGCAACUGCACGUCAGGAAUUCCAAAAAGGAAAGUGAUUUAAACCUGGCCCAGGCUCGUGUGAGAGACCUCGAUGCCCAGCUAAAUGCAAAGGAAGCUGAUCUAGCGACAGCCCUGAAUGAGAACCGGACUCUGGAGAAUGAGCUCCGUGAAUUAAAGGAUCAAGUACUCAGUCUGAAUCUGUCACUGGAGGAUACUAAAAAGCAUCUCCACAGUGAAAUGUUGAGGAGGGUGGACCUAGAAAACCAUAUGAAAACUUUGCAGGAAGAAAUGACGUUUCAGAAGCGCCUUCAUGAAGAUGAGCUCAAGGAGACAAAAAGAGUCCAUGAGAGCAGGAUAGCAGAAGUAGAAUCUGGCCGUCAAAGAGAAUUUGAGAGUAAGCUCUCAGAUGCUCUGCAGGGGCUCAGAAAACAGCAUGAAGAACAAAUUCAAGGCUACAAAGACGAGAUGGAACGAACAUUCAGUGCAAAGGUGGAGAAUGCCCAGCUAACUGCAGCAAGGAACAGUGAGUUUGCCAAUGCUGCUCGAGAGGAGCUGAUGGAAACACAGAAGAGAGUUGAUACUCUGAUAUCUCAAGUUAAUCAAUAUCAAAGCCAGAAUGUUGCUUUGGAGAGCAGAAUAAUGGAGCUACAGAAUUUGCUGGAUUACGAUCGUGAUCUCCAUCGAAGGCGUAUGGCUGAAAAGGAGGAAGAAAUGGCACAAGCUCAGAAGCAGGCACAAGCACAGCUGGAAGAGUAUGAGCAUCUCUUAGAUGUGAAACUGGCUCUAGACUUGGAAAUAAAUGCAUACAGAAAGAUGUUGGAAGGAGAGGAACAGAGGCUAAAGCUGUCACCCAGUCCAUCUUCACACAGCACAGCAACUCAAGCAGCAAGUCAGGGGCGACGAUACCUGCAUGGGAAGAAAAGAAAAAUCAAAGAAACCAGAAAGAGGGAGCAUAGUGCUGCACUUAAGACUAUUCAGCAUGUUUCCGCUACUGGAAAUAUAUCUAUUGAAGAGAUCGAUGCAGAUGGGAAAUUUGUCAGGCUUAAAAACCACUCUGAUGAGGAUCAAUCUCUACAUGGCUGGGUGUUGAGACGACGUAUUGGAAGUGUGGCAGAUGUUACUUACAAGUUUCCUUCAAGGUUCACUCUUCAGGCAGGCCAAGAAGUUACAAUCUGGGGUGCAGCUGCUGGUGUAAGCCCAGGUCCUAGUGAUUUGGUCUGGAAGUCUCAAAAGUCUUGGGGAACUGGAGAUAAUAUUGGUGUUACACUCAUUACAGAUGAUGGUGAGGAACUUGCAGAGAGGAAGAUAAUGCUUGUACCCAGAGAAGAAAGUGAGCAAGAUGAUGAUUAUGAAGAAAUAACUGGAAGUGAAGCAGAGUUUGCAUCUCAGACCAAAAGAAGAAGAAAAAAGAAAUGUUGUUUGGUUUCAUGAUAGUGGUUCCUGUGAGCUUCCUUAAGCAGCAAAAUGAAGAUCCCAGCUGUUCUGUCAUGUAAUGUGGACAAUCAUCUGAAAACAUCUCUCAGUCCCAGGUGACACAGACUGUAUCUAUGUUGCUAUCUUCUGUCAUAUCUGGAAUUUGGAACUCACGUAUUUCAUCUGAUGUCUUUGUGAGAAGCACUGUCCAUAACACAAUGGAAUUUCCUCCCUUCUGGUACUGGACCCUGGCCUUGGAUUCACUGAUACAAAGUAGAAUACAAGCUCCAUGUGAAGUUUUUUACUUUUAUGCAAGGAUCUGGUUUCUGUGACCUGCUGAAACAGAGAAGGGUACAGAGUUUACAAAGCUUCUAAACAUGUGCCCUAGAAGGAUGUUAAAUACUUGACAAUGAACAUGAGGCUGCCUCAACUUUCUCAAUAUUCUGACAUGGAGUUCUCCAAAGGUAAUUUCUCUUUCCAGCCUGAGCGGGAAACAUGUGACUGAUCACACCCUUGCACCUUGAGCAAGUCUGCAGUAAAACACUGUCCUGAAGAGUGAUGAGUGGUCUGAAAUGUUUCCUGCUCAGAGCCUGAUGCAGAGAUACAUAAAACUGGUCUGGAUCAGUUCCUAGAGUUGAAGCACUUCAGAAUUAAAAGCAAGUUGUCAAAAAUA